GGUAAUCCGUUUGCUACACAAGUUGGCCAACUUAUAGAAAAGGCCACAGAUGGAAGUCAAGCCUCGGAGAACUGGGGUUUAUUUAUGGAAAUAUGUGAUCAGAUAAAUGCCACAGAUGAAGGACCUAAAGAUGCUAUAAAAGCUAUAAAGAAGAGAUUAUCACAGAAUGUUGGUAAAAACUAUACAGCAGUCAUGUACACACUUACAUGUUUGGAAACAUGUGUCAAGAACUGUGAAAGAAGGUUUCACCUUCAAGUGGCCCACAAAGAUUUUUUACAUGAUCUCAUCAAAAUAAUCGGACCUAAAAAUGAUCCUCCUCAGGCAGUUCAAGAAAAAGUUCUCAGUCUGAUUCAGACAUGGGCAGACGCUUUCCGAGGUCAACCAGAAUUGAAGGAGGUGGACAAAGUGUACCAGGAAUUAAAGACAAAAGGAAUUGAGUUUCCAAUGACAGAUUUAGAUGGCAUGGCACCAAUUCAUACCCCAGCUCGGAGCGUUCCUGAUAGUGAACUUAACACUAACCGAUCUGCUAGAGGUCAAGCUUAUAGAACAUCUCAAACACCUCAGACCAUGCCAUCACAAGAACCAGUUCCAGCGUCACAAGAUCAGUUUACUAAAAUUACACGUGAAAUGGAGGUUGUGAAGGGAAAUGUGAGAGUUAUGUCUGAAAUGUUAACGGAAUUAUCUCCCACGUCUGUAGACCAGUCAGAUUUAGAAUUACUACAGGAAUUAAAUAGAACAUGUAGACAAAUGCAACAGAGAACUGUAGAAUUAAUAACUACUGUAGGAAAUGAAGAAAUCACAAAUGAGUUAUUGAGAGUGAACGAUGAUUUAAACAAUGUUUUCUUAAGAUAUGAACGUUUCGAACGUUACAGA